AUGUCAGAUCCAAAAUCAUUAAUAGCGGAAGCAGAAAAACUACUUAAACCUCAACUGGGUUUUUUCUCAUUCAUAUCUGGUUCUAGUCAAUCAAUGAGAAAAGAAGAUGCAACAGAUUUAUACAUUCAAGCAGCAAAUAGUUAUAGAUUGAAGAAAGAUUUUAAUCAAGCAGGAAAUUCAUUUUUAAAAGCUGCUGAAAUCCAACAAAGUUUGAAUAAUCAUAAUGAUGCAGCAAAUCAUUUAGUGGAAGCUUACAAAUGUUUCAAAUCAAAUUCGCCAAAAGAUGCAAUAGAUGCACUUACUAAAGCAAUUCAUAUAUUUUUAACUCAAAAUGGUCAAUUCAGAAGAGCAGCCAAUUUUACAAUGGAUUUAGCUGAUUUAUAUGAGAGUGUUGAUGAUGUACCUAAUGCAAUCAAAAGUUAUGAGCAAGCAGGUGAUUAUUUUCAAACCGAUAAUGCAGAAGCUUUAUCAAAUAAAGCAUUUUUAAAAUGUGCUGAUUUAUCAGCUUCAAGUGGAAACUAUAAGAAGGCGGUUGAGCUUUAUGAUCAAAUAAUUAAAAAUUCUUUGAAUAAUUCAUUAACAAAAUGGAGUUUGAAAGAUUAUAUUUUUAAAAAUUUAUUAUGUAUUUUGUGCCUUGAAGAUAUAGUAGAAGUUGAAAAGAGAAUUGAAAAAUAUAAUGAUGAAGAUCCAAAUUGGUCUAGUUCAAGAGAAUAUAAAUUAAUUGAAGGCAUAUUGGAAAGUAUAAAAAAUGGAGAUGUUGAGGAUUUUUCUGAUAAAGUUUUUGAAUUUGAUAAAUUUAGUAAACUUGAUAAAUUAAAAACUCAAUUAUUAUUGAAGAUUAAAACUUCUGUGGUCGAUAAUGAUGAAGUUGAUAUUUUAUAG